UUCCAGACAUUUCAACUCAAGAACUUGAAGAAGUGCAAUAUGAAAAAAAAAAGUAUUCAACAAAUAAUUCUAAAUCAGGAUAUUGUAUAUGGUCUUGUGAACCAAAAAGCAUUAUAUGACAUAGCCAAAGGAAGUGAAAAUUUGGUUCAAAGACUAGGACUUAAAGCAGACCUACCUAUUCAUCACGGAUGUGUUAACACAUUGUCUUGGAACAGUUCUGGCCAGUACCUCUUGUCAGGGUCUGAUGAUUGUUGCCUAUGUAUCACUGACAUCUACAGGGAGAAGUUGGUAGUAUCAACAAAAACCAAUCACACUGCCAAUAUUUUCAAUGCUAAGUUUUUACCAAACACUGAAAAUCGUCAUGUUGUAUCUUGUGCUGGAGAUGGAAUGAUUAUUUUCUCUGAUAUUGAAAAUCCAGAUACAAGCAUGAAGAACUGCUUUUCUUGCCAUUUUGGUUCAGCUUACAAAUUAGAGACUGUGCCUAAUGACCCUCAUACUUUCCUUUCCUGUGGAGAAGAUGGAACUGUCCGCUGGUUUGAUCUCAGAACAAAGACCCAGUGCCUAAAGAAGGAAUGCACAGAGGAUAUCCUCAUCAAUUGUAGAUGUUCAGUAACAUCUCUUGCAGUUAGUCCAUUUACCCCAUACUAUAUUUGUGUAGGGUGUUCUGACUCUUCUGUGCGUAUCUAUGAUAGAAGAAUGUUAGCCACAGGAGGUUUCCCAAACAGUUGGCCAAGGUCAGCAUUGCACUCAUUUACUGUACCAGAAGUAAGUGCUAGGAACUGCAGAAUAACUUCUGUGGAAUAUAGUCCAGAUGGUCAGGAGCUGUUGGUCAGUUACUCUUCUGACCAGAUCUACUUAUUUAACAUUCAGGUUUUUUUUAUGCUAGCAAAAGGUUUAUAGAAGGCCUCAAAGAAAGCAAAAUUAGG